AUGGACUCGAGUGACGAGCGACCCGCCCAAACCUCUCGCCAACAUCGCUCGUCCUUGCCGAACAGCCGCCUACAGUUGAGCCGGCACGACCAUCGCAGGCUAGACGACGACGAGUUCGAGCGUGAAGUUGAGGAGGAGAGGGAGUUGAGGCGGCAGCGAAGGAUACGGAGGGAUAGCCAGCGGCGAGCGGGGUUGACGGGGCGGGAUGAGGCUGUCGAGCAAUGGCGAGAGGGCAGAGGGGCAGUUCACGGCGCGAGAAGAGGCAGUGACGAAGUGGGAGAUGAGAGCGAGGAUACUGAGGGCGAGGAUGAGUCGGACAGCGAGACAGGCGAAGGGAGCUCCUUGCUGGGCUCGAGUCGAGGUCGAGGUCGACGACGCGCUCGAGACGAUGACCUCGAGCUUGGCGAGUCUGCUCCACCGUCGAGACGAUGGGACAAUCGAGUGAUAUCGCCAGGUGCCAUCCGACGCAGCGAGUCGCCUCCGCUGGACCAGUACAAGCCCCGCCUUCCACGUGCGGAGCCUUACGCGCGACCACCUUCACCCAUCCGGGCGCCACCCUCCUCCCGUCGCCCGAUCAACAUCGACUUCCGCUUCCCAACCUCCUUCUCGCAUAGCGGCCUCCCCUCCUACCCGCACAACCAGUACCUCCCUCUUCGCCUCCUCUCUCCCUCAACAGACCCCAACUCGCCGGAAGCGCGCCGCCAAGCCGAGUUGCGUGAGGAAGAAGCAGCGUGGAGGCGAAACAAUCGGCACCACUCCGCGCGGAGGGACCAUGUCAAUGCGGAUGGGGAGGAGAACCUGCUGUUUCCUGCGUUGUUGGCGUGCGUGUUGGUGCUCGUGCCGGUGCUGAUCAUUACGGUCGUUCUUGGAGCGGUGUUUACGGCGGCAAAGGUGGAUGCGUAG